CGACCUCAAGACAGCACUUUCAACGUGUUGGUAAAGUCCGAUCUUUAUGUAAAUUGCAUCGUAAAAGCAGAUUUUCACAGGGACAUCAAGAAAGUGCAAGUGGACAAAUUCUGUUGAUGUUACAAACAUAACCUCACUUGUCGUUUUUUUAAACUGACGAAAAAAAAAUCAGACUGAUAGAUCAUGACAGAUAUAUAGAUUUAUAACAUAUACACAUCGCGCUUGUAUCGUUAAGUAUUUUCUAAUUUUGUAAAUCAAAGAAGGAGUAAAUAUAAGAACGAUAAUUGUUUCUUAUUAUGUGCAAUUAACCGCCUUAUACAUGACAGCUUCAUAUGUCAAAUAUAUUUCUGUGCGGGCAUUUGAAGUCAUUAGCUGCGACAAAAAUUUAUCUAUUUUACAGUUCAUGAGAUCUGUAUGGCACAAUAUAUUUCGCGAUAUCUCGUGAAACUUACAAGAUGGUAUUCCCGACGCGCAUAUUACACAAAACCAACAGAAUCUCACACUAUCACCACAAUGUUUUUGUGAUAUGUUUAUUAUUAUUUACACUGUUUGUCGUAUUGAUCUCGGUAUAUAUCUUUAAGUUUGGCAAUACACAGAAACGUUCUGAACACAUUCCUAUAACGCUGAAUGAUAUAAACACUCUACCUGUCCAAACGUUAUCCGCUAACUUGGCCACGGCUGAUGCCACCAAUUCUUCUUGCACAUACUUCACCUGUUUUAAUGUGUAUCGAUGCGGCAGCCAGGGGAACAAACUUUUGAUAUACGUCUAUCCACCUAAGGUGUACUUAGAUUCUAUGGGUAGACAAGUAACAAGCCAGAUGACAAAAGAGUUUUAUCAGAUUCUGAAUGCUAUUAUCAACAGUAAAUUUUAUACUCCUAAUCCAUAUGAGGCUUGCAUUUUUAUUCCUUCCAUUGAUACUCUCAAUCAAAAUAGAUUGAGGUUGCAAGAGGUCUCUCGAGCAUUAAGAUCAUUACCUUUCUGGAACAAAGGAGAGAAUCAUUUAAUCUUCAACAUGGUACCUGGAAGUGUACCAGACUAUAAUACUGUCAUUGAUGUCUCAGUAGGAAGAGCAAUGAUUGCUGGCGCCGGAAUGUCAUCGUUAACAUACAGGCCCAGUUUUGACAUUAGCUUACCAGUGUAUAGUCCACUUGUAAAUAAUCUCAAGACAAAUCAUAGUAAUACAAGAACGUGGUUAGUUAUAUCUUCGCAAAUCAAUAUUAAUACUGCCUUUGAACAAGAUUUAAUGGAAUUAAAAACGACAAAUCCAAAAGAUAUUUUAGUGUUAGGCCCAUGUUUGCACUUUAACCCAAUGAAUAAUACUAUACGUUGCGUGGGAGAGGAUAUAUACAAAUAUCCUGAUAUUUUGCAAUCGGCAACAUUUUGCCUGAUAAUCCGCGGCGCUAGGCUUGCCCAAAGUUCACUUUUGGAUGCAAUAGCGGCUGGCUGUUUGCCUGUAAUUAUAGCCGAUUCUUUAAUGAUGCCAUUUCACGAUGUAAUCGACUGGACCAAAGCCGCUGUUCUUGUACGCGAAGUUGAUAUUUUAUUAAUAAUUCAACAGCUGAAAAAGAUAUCUCCGCAGCGUAUCGCGGAGAUGCAAGAACAGAAUGUAUGGCUGUAUGAUCGUUAUUUCAGUUCGAUGCAGAAGAUCACGGAAACCACGUUAGAGAUCCUCGCAGACCGUGUAUUUCCUCAUUUAACACGCGAUUACACAUAUUGGAAUAUACCGCCUUUUAAGGGAAGGCAGUCGCCACUUUUUCUGCCAGCAACUGCUCCUAAAACACGCGGUUUCACCGCUGUAAUAUUAACAUACGAUAGAGUGGAAUUAUUGUUUCUAUUAAUUAACAAAUUAGUGAAGGUACCCAGUCUGUCCAAAGUUCUGGUAAUUUGGAACAAUCAGCAUAAGGAUCCACCGCAUUCGACAAGAUGGCCAAAAGUGAAUAAACCAUUAAAAGUGAUUCAAACGAAAGAAAAUAAAUUGUCCAAUCGAUUUUAUCCGUACGAUGAGAUUGAAACUGAAGCAGUAUUGUCAAUUGAUGAUGACAUCAUCAUGUUGACUGCUGACGAAGUAGAAUUUGCUUACGAGGUAUGGAGAGAAUUUCCGGACAGAAUUGUUGGAUUUCCAUCUCGCAUACAUAUGUGGGAUAAUAGUACUAAUUGUUGGAAAUACGAGAGCGAAUGGACAAACAGUAUUUCCAUGGUUUUAACGGGGGCUGCUUUUCAUCACAAGUAUUGGAAUUAUAUGUAUACCACAGCCAUGCCAGGUGAUAUAAAGGAGUGGGUGGACGAGCAUAUGAACUGUGAGGAUAUCGCAAUGAACUUUUUAGUAGCGAACAUCACUGGGAAAGCUCCGAUAAAAGUGACGCCAAAAAAGAAGUUUCGAUGUCCCGAGUGUACCAAUACCGAAAUGCUAUCCGCGGAUUUGACGCAUAUGGUAGAACGCACACAGUGUAUAAACAAAUUUUCUUCCAUUUACGGGACUAUGCCGUUGGAGUCUGUUGAGUUCCGCGCAGAUCCGGUGCUCUUUAAGGACGUGUUCCCUGAGAAACUGAAGCGAUUCAACGAUAUAGGCAGUUUGUAAUGGAAUACGCAGUAUAGGUUUUCUAUCAAAUUAGUUAUAAAAGUUAAUUUAUAUGAAACAUAGAGAAUGUGGAUACGCGGUUCAUAUAUGUAUUAUAUGUGUAUAUAUUAAACGUAACAAAUAUCUAUAUGUAUUAUAAAUUAAAUCAUUGCGGUGGGUGAAGUGACACUUGUUUAUAAUAUGAAUAAAAGAUUAUUUCAAGAGUCGUUAUCAAGA